AUGGAAGAGGACUAUCAGAAUCCGUACUACCCUAUCACCGACCAUCAGCGGUAUCCUUCUUUUCCUCCUGAGAACGGAGAAGUUUAUGCUCAGUAUGGCCAAAAUGUUGAUCUCCAAUUUCAACACCAUCAACUUCAAUAUCAGUGUGAUCAGCUUCAAAUCCAAAAUGAGCAGAUUCAAUUUCAAUACAACCAACUUCAAAUGCAGCAUAAUGACCUUCAAACUCGGCACGGCAACCUUCAGUGUCAGCACAAUGGACUUCAAUCAAAGUAUAACCUACUUUACAACCAUGUCCGCCGUGACCCAAUUGCUCUCGCACGUGUCCACCACUCUUUGAGCCAAAUUCGUGGUUCCGAUUUCUUCGAACGUGAUAAUGAGCAUGAAGCGCCUGCUGAAAACACUGCACCUGCUGAAAUCAUUGCGCCUGCUGAAAUCACUGCGCCUGCUGAAAUCACUGCGCCUGCUGGAGUUCAUCGCUACAUAACAAGGAGCACUCAAAAGACCCAACCUGUUGUCAUGGGAGAACCUGUCGAAGAUGACCACUCCAAUCUUACACCUGAUCGUGAAUAUACCCCCAGCUCAGCAGGUUCCUCGGAUGAAGAAAUGGACGAUGAAGAUUACGAACCUACUCCCAAACCAGUUUCUCCAGCUACUGUUGUACGGCCAGUUGCACGUCCAGUUGCACGUCCAGCUACUGUUGCACAUCACGAGGUUAGUUCACCGUGA